GUGUUCCGCGGCUGCAAAAGAGCUUCAUCCCACAGUCACGCCUCCGUCCGCAGUCUUGUUCGUGCACCAUUCCCUUGCGCGAGCCCCAAAAGAUUGCCCAGCAUGCCUCGUAAGGCAGUGGACUCGCGCAUUCCCGCGCUCAUCCGUAACGGCCUCCAGGAAAAGAAGCGCUCCUUCUUCGUCUGCGUCGGCGACCGAUCCAAAGAUGCCAUCGUCCACCUCCACUACAUCAUGUCCAGCAUGGACCUCAAGCAGAACAAGUCGGUCCUCUGGGCGUACAAGAACAAGCUCCUCGGCUUCACCAGUCACCGCAAGAAGCGCGAGACCAAGAUCAAGAAGGAGAUCAAGCGCGGCAUACGAGAGGCCAACAGCGAGGACCCCUUUGAGCUCUUCGUGUCCCUCCACAACAUCCGCUACGUCUACUACAAGGAGACGGAGAAGAUUCUCGGAAACACCUACGGCAUGUGCAUCCUGCAGGACUUUGAGGCCAUAACGCCAAACAUCCUCGCGCGCUGCAUCGAGACGGUCGAGGGUGGCGGUCUCGUCGUCUUGCUGCUGAGCGGCAUGAAGUCGCUCAAGUCCCUCUACACAAUGACCAUGGACGUCCACGCCCGGUACCGGACAGAGGGCCACAACGACGUGGUCGCGCGAUUCAACGAGCGCUUCAUCUUGUCGCUGGGAGGCUGCGACUCGUGUCUCGUCAUCGACGACGAGUUCAACGUACUGCCAAUCUCCGGCGGCAAGGGUGUCAAGCAGCUCCCGGCGCCAGAUCUCGACCAGCCCAAGACCGAGGCGCAGAGGGAGCUCGAGUCCAUCAAGGAGUCUCUUCAGGACACCCAGCCGGUCGGGUCGCUCGUCACUUUGGCCAAAACGGUCGAUCAGGCCAAGGCACUGCUGACUUUUGUCGACGCCAUCGCCGAGAAGACCCUGCGCAACACCGUCACCCUGACAGCCGCUCGUGGACGAGGCAAGUCUGCGGCACUGGGUGUCGCCAUCGCCGCUGCCAUUGCCCACGGAUACUCCAACAUUUUCAUCACGAGUCCGUCGCCCGAGAACUUGAAGACUCUAUUCGAGUUCAUCUUCAAGGGCUUCGAUGCUCUCGACUACGCCGAGCACACCGACUACUCCAUCAUCCAGUCCACGAACCCCGACUUCAACAAGGCGAUUGUGCGUGUCAACAUCCACAGAGCCCACCGGCAAACAAUUCAGUACAUCCGGCCGCAGGACGCGCACGUCCUUGGCCAGGCCGAGCUCCUGGUCAUCGACGAGGCCGCGGCUAUCCCUCUUCCCACGGUGCGCAAGCUGAUGGGCCCUUACUUGGUCUUCAUGGCUUCCACGAUCAACGGUUACGAAGGAACAGGUCGGUCCUUGUCGCUCAAGCUCAUCAAGCAGCUGCGUGAACAGUCCAGCGGCAUUGGCGAGUCAAACGGCACAGAAGUGGUGGAUCGGGCAAGCGGCAAGGCGACCAAGAGCGGCGAUGGCCAUGCAGGAGGACGAUCCCUGCGGGAAGUCACCCUCUCGGAGCCGAUCCGUUAUGCUCAAGGCGACUCUGUCGAGAAGUGGCUGAACAGCCUGCUUUGUCUCGAUGCGACCCUGCCUCGGUCAAAGCUGCGCACACAAGGAUGCCCUGACCCGGCCCAGUGCCAGCUCUUCAACGUCAACCGCGACACGCUCUUCUCCUUCCAUCCCGUAUCUGAAAAGUUCCUGCAGCAGAUGGUUGCGCUCUACGUGGCCUCGCACUACAAGAACACCCCCGAUGACCUCCAGCUCAUGAGCGACGCGCCGUCGCACGAGCUGUUCGUCCUCACGCCCCCCAUCACCGAGGGCGGACGGCUGCCCGAGCCGCUCUGCGUCAUCCAGAUUGCUCUCGAAGGCAGGAUCAGCCGCGAGAGCGUCAUCAACAGCCUGAGCAGAGGUUCCCGGCCAGCCGGCGAUCUCAUCCCGUGGCUGGUCAGCCAGCAGUUCCAGGACGACGAGUUCGCCUCCCUCUCCGGUGCUCGCGUGGUCCGCAUCGCCACGAACCCCGACUACAUUGGCAUGGGCUACGGCGCCAAGGCCAUCGAGCUGCUCGUCGACUACUAUGAGGGCAAGUUCACCAACCUGUCCGAGGACGUCAACGCGGGCGUCGAGGAGACGAUGGUGCGCGUGACGGACGCCGAGCUGGCCAACGCGACGCUGCUCGACGACGACAUCAAGGUGCGCGACAUCAGCAAGAUGCCCCCACUCUUCGCCAAGCUCGAGGAGCGGCGCCCGGCGGCGCUCGACUACAUUGGCGUCUCGUACGGCCUGACGAGCCAGCUGCACAAGUUCUGGAAGAAGGGCAAGUUUGCGCCCGUGUACCUGCGGCAGACGGCCAACGAGCUGACGGGCGAGCACACUUGCGUGAUGCUGCGCCCUCUGACCGAGGACCAGACCUGGCUGGGCGGGUUCUCCAAGGACUUCCACCGGCGCUUCCUGCAGCUGCUGGGCUACCAGUUCCGCGAGUUCGCGUCCGUCACGGCGCUCAGCCUCGACGAGUCGGCCAACAUGGGCGCGCGGCUGGACCCGGGCAACACACCUAGCCCAUUCGCGCGGGCGGACCUCGACACCCUCCUGACCCCGUGGGACCAGAAGCGCCUCGAGUCGUACGCCAACAACCUGCUCGACUACCACGUGAUCCUGGACCUGAUCCCGGCCAUCGCGAUGUUGUACUUCACCGGCCGGAUCCGGGCCGACGUCAAGCUCACGGGCGUGCAGCAGGCCAUCCUGCUGGCCGUCGGCCUGCAGCGCAAGGACAUGGACGCCAUCUCGGCCGAGCUCUCGCUGCCCUCGUCGCAGCUGCUCGCCAUGUUCAUCAAGAUUGUCAAGAAGAUGACGGCCCACUUCCGGGAGCUCGUGUCGGGCGCCAUCGAGGCCGAGAUGCCCGAGGCGACGAGGGCCGCCGCCGCCGCCGUCAGUCUCGCCGACGCCCAGGGCGUGCACGACGACGAGGUGGUCGACACGCGCUUCGCCCCGCUCGAGGUCUCGCUCGAGGACGAGCUCGAGGAGGGCGGCGACGAGGCGCUCAGGGAGCUGCGCAAGAAGCAGAGGGAGCUUAUCGACUCUCUGCCGCUGGAUCAGUACGAGAUCGACAACGACGCCCCCUCUUGGCAUGACGCCGAGAAGCAAGUCUCCAAGGCCGGCGGCCGCGCCUCGGGCACCGUGGUCAGCGUUAAGUCCUCGUCGUCGGCCAGCGGAAAGCGGAAAGCCCCGGCGCCGGGCCAGACGGCAGCCGAGAUCUACGAGGAGGCCUUUGGCGGCGAUGGCAUCGGCAAGAAGAAGAGCAAGAAGAGCAAGCGGCAUCAUCACUAGUAUCGGGAGCAGCAGCAGGAGCGGGAGCAGCAGCAGGAACAGGAGGAGGUGGAUGAUGAUGAAAAGCAUCGGUAUAUGGCGUUUGUUUUCCGCGUGUGUACAUUCUUGGGCGAUUACACUUGUUCGUUUUGUAUUUGCUCUCUGAUACAUAUUUCACUGGGAUGAAGAGUGACAUUUGAGCUAGCUUUC